AAAAAUAAAAAUAAAUUACUUAAAGCAAACAAAUAAUUUAUAAUUUAGCUUGAAAAUAUGUUAUCAUAAUAAUACCACAACUAGCAAAUUUAUGAAUCAGUAAUUGAUUAAAAAAAUGCGCCACAGAACAUAAGAAAUAACUAAAUGUCAAGUUAUUGGAAUGAAUAUAUACCAGUGAAAUAUAAUUUUUUAGAAUAUGAAAAUGAUCCAAAGUAUAUACCAGGAUUUGAUUGCAAAUUUAAAUAAACAAAACCUUAUUAUAGAUAAGAAUUAACAUUUAUGCCUAUACCAAGAAAUUAAAACAGCUAAUCUCAUAGGUCUUAAAUGAUAGAAAAUUAGGUUAAGCAUGAUUAUUAGUCAAAAAGAUUUGAUAUUUAGCUUCCUAAAGAUUGGAAUGACUAGAUGUUUGGAAAAAAAAUAGAAUAUAAUAUUUAAGUAGAUUAGCAAAGAUAGUAAGCACUCUAACAAGAAAUUUAAAAAGUUUGCGAUAUUUAAAAUCAACAGUAUAAUUAAUUAGUUUUAGAAGGAUAAGCUAAUUAGCCAAAAACAAACUAAUUUAAGCUUACAUCUCAAUAGCACUAUGAAUGCUAGCAAUACUCAAACGGAUAAAUUAAGUAAUUGCCUCCUAGAUAAUAAAAUAAUUAAUAGAGUUAAUACAAUUAAUUAGUUUCAAAUAUUUAAUAGUAGUAGUAGUUAGCAGAAUAAUAAACAAAUAAAUAGUUUUAUUAACAAAAUGAAUAAUAACAUUUUAUGAAUUAAUCUAAAAUAAAUAGUUAAUAUUAAAAUAUAAAACUUGAAGAUGAAUAUAUCCAAUAACCUAAGGGAUUUGUGUUAAACCCUUUAAAGUAUUCCUAAAACCUAGAAUAAUAACAUCAUUAAUAAUAUCCAUAGUUUUCUUAGGGAGUAAAUUUUAAUCCUUUAAACAAUUCAGAAAGAAUCUUUGGAUAAACUCAAACUUAAAAUGAAUCUGCUUUCACAUUUAAUAAACAAUCCUAAGUGAAUAUAAAACCAUAGUAGCAUUACUAAACUGCAUAUAGAUUUUUCCCUCAAGAAACAUAUAUUGACUAAUAUCUUUUUGAAAGUGAUCUUGCCAAGAGGAGAAUUCAUGAAACAAGAAUGAUGAACAGAGCAAUAUCUGAAGAACAUCUCUUUUUUACUUCUCAAAGUCCUAGAUUCAGGGCUCCUUUUCACGAAGCUUAGGGAUUAGAGUCUAAUAGUUUUUAUGCUAAGCCUAAUUUAUACAAACAUUCUACACCAAUAAUUAAUUGA